UAGAUCUGUCACAACUACAGGCAUUAGAAAAUGAGAAGCUCCAAACCCAAGUGUGUCUCUUCUCUUUUCCUGUUCUUCCUAUGCUUCCAUCUCCUUCUUCACCUUUCACAAGCUCAAGAGCCAUCAACUGAAGGCUAUACCUGCUCAAUCAAUGAGACCACCACCAAUCCAUGCCAAGCCUAUGCCUAUUACAGAGCCACGGCUCCUAACUUUCUUGACCUGGCCUCCAUAGCUGACCUCUUCUCAGUUAGCCGCCUCAUGAUCUCCAAACCCAGCAACAUCUCUUCCCCAACUUCACCUCUGAUCCAAGACCAACCCCUGUUUGUUCCUCUAUCUUGUUCCUGCAACUCAGUCAACACCAGCAUGACCAUCUCCUAUGCCAAUCUCUCAUACACAAUCAAUAAAGAUGACACAUUUUACCGAGUCUCCACCUACAGCUUCCUAAACCUCACAACCUACCAAUCUGUGGAGCUUGUGAACCCUACUCUUGUAGCCACCAACCUUACAAUUGGGGUAACUGCAUAUUUCCCAAUCUUUUGCAAGUGCCCCACCAAAACCCAGUCGCAAAACAACGUCAGUUAUCUAGUCUCCUAUGUGUUCCAACCUUCUGAUAACUUGUCUACAGUUGCUUCAAGGUUUGGGGUCCAAACAGACUCUAUAGUUGAAGUUAAUGGCAAUAAUACUCAGCCUUUUGAUACCAUUUUCAUUCCAGUGACUCAGCUUCCUGAGCUAUCACAACCUACUGUUGUUCCUUCACCUCCUUCAAAUAAGACUGAGAGGAAAGGAGUGAUUACAGGGUUGGCAGUUGGGUUGGGGAUUACUGGGUUUUUGCUGAUCUUGGCUGUGGGAGUUUUGAUUUUUGGAGGUGGGUUGGUGAAGAAGAGGAGAGGUAUAAGAGGAGAUGAAGAGAGGAAUCUGAAUCUAUAUAAGAAUGAGAAGGGAGAUAAGAGGGCGAAGGAAAUGGAAGUGAGUUUGAUGGCUGAUGUUUCAGAUUGCUUGGACAAGUACAGAGUGUUUGGUAUAGAAGAACUCAGAGAAGCUACUAAUGGGUUUGGAGAGAAUUGCUUGAUUGAAGGGUCUGUUUACAAAGGAAAUAUUAAUGGGGAGGUCUAUGCCAUCAAGAAGAUGAAGUGGAACGCCUGUGAGGAGCUCAAGAUCUUACAGAAGGUAAACCAUGGCAAUUUGGUGAAGCUAGAAGGCUUCUGCAUAGACCCAGAGGAUGCAAAUUGCUAUCUAGUUUAUGAGUAUGUCGAAAAUGGCUCUCUCUAUUCAUGGCUGCAUGAAAACCCGAAUGAAAAGUUAAGUUGGAAGACAAGGCUGCAUAUUGCUGCUGAUGUCGCAAAUGGUCUGCAAUAUAUUCAUGAGCACACUAGGCCAAGGGUCGUGCACAAAGACAUAAAGAGCAGUAAUAUUCUCUUGGACUCCAACAUGAGAGCCAAAAUAGCCAAUUUCGGGCUUGCAAAGUCUGGUUGCAAUGCCAUAACAAUGCACAUUGUUGGAACUCAAGGUUAUAUUGCCCCCGAGUAUCUAACUGAUGGGGUGGUGUCAACAAAAAUGGAUGUGUUCUCCUUUGGGGUAGUUUUGCUAGAGCUUCUUUCAGGGAAGGAGGCCAUUGAUGAAGCUGGAAAUAUUCUGUGGGCUAGCGCCGGUAGGAUUUUGGAGGGAAGUGAGGAACAGAAGGCAGAGAAACUAAAGCAGUGGGUGGACAAGGAGCUUUUCCUUGAGUCAUGCUCAAUGGAGAGCAUAGUGAAUGUUGCGACUGUUGCCAUUGCCUGUUUGCAUAAAGAUCCUUCUAAAAGGCCAAGUAUGGUGGACAUUGUUUAUGCCUUGUGUAAGAGCGAUGAAUUGUUUUUCGAUAUCUCAGACGAUGGAUCAUCAGCUCCCCCAGUAAGAGCACGGUAAGUUUAGGUUCUCAUUUUCUAUUUGAUUCAGAUGAAGGGAAGACAAAAAAUCAAAUUCUUGCACAGGAUAUGAGACCAAGGGACUAUUUGGUUUUACUAGUUGAGGCGAUGUACAAGAAUAAAGUGAGCAAUAAAAGUUUGAGAAUAUUAUCAUUA